UUCGUUUCCUCCGCAGUGCACACUUUGGGAACACGUAUUUAUAAGUUGACGGAAUUAGACUUCUUUGGCUGAGGCUAUUUUCGAGAUUCCAAUUUUAUAAACUUUCCUCUCCGUCUAAUUUCAGUGAUCCUAAAUUCGGAUUUCCUGUUUCCCUUUUUCUAAAUAGAACUCCAAAAUUAACGAUAGACUUAAAAAUAAAAUGGGCUAAAAAUUCCCAUUUCGUAUUUAAAGAUUCUCUUUCAAUUUUAGUUGGAUACAUCGAGGGCAGAAACUCAGGAUGGUUUGUACAUAGGUGCAUGGGUACAUUAGUUAAGCUCGUUGUCAUCGUAUUCAUUCAUCGUAGUGAAUGAAGUGUUGGAUAAUUUCCCAUAUUAUUCAAAUCAUGAUUGUUUAUCACGCUUUUCAACGCGACUUUUAACCUUUGAAAAUGAAGAUGCAAUUCAAUGUUCCGAUUUAUUGAGACACAAUUGAAUUUUUAGCCAAGCCAGAAUCCGUCUGGUUAGUAAAUUGAUGAUGCUGGCCGAGAUAGAACUGCAUGAAUUAAAUACACUGAUGCACUAUAUGCACCUUAAAUAUGCAAGACAAAUUAUUUUGUUGUUGAUGGACAGGGCUAAUUUAUUAAAUGUGAUUUAAGGCCUUGGAUCACUUAUCUAGUUUUUCACCUGAAGUCUAAAUUUAGACUCGUCUCAUAUUGUCAGAGGAUGAUUGAGUCGGAAUCGUAUCAGAAGGCUAAAAUAGUAAAGAGACCUGUCUUUGCAGAGUUUGGUACUCACGCCUACCCAGACACCACCAAGGGCUUUCUUUUUCGAAUGUUUUCGACAUUGGUUCCGACAGAUCUUACUGACAACAAUAUCGCAGCGAUUUAUCGCAUUGAGGAUGAAAUGAUAAUCUCAUCUCAGACGUGCUUUGUUCACUCAAUUGACGUCGACUCCUUGGCCACGAAGGAACGGCAUGAUUUGAUGAAAUCUUCUGGAACGAUGUUCACCACUGCUCAUCCUCUUACAGACUCGGAUGGGAAUUCUUGGAACAUUGGGGCAACAAUGCUCACUGGUUGUAAAUAUCAUUUAAUCAAGAUUCCAUUCAUUGGUUCAGGAAAAGCAUCAGACGCUCUGAAAAGCUCCAAAGUUAUUGCGACUAUCCAAUCCUCGUGGAAGACUUGUCUCUCAUUCAUCAGUUCAUUUGCUAUGACGGAGAACUAUGUCAUUUUUAUGGAAUCACCUCUUUUAAUAAACUGUGUGAAAUUAGCACAACUUCAAAUAAAGCACUUUGCUCUGAGAGACACGUUUGAAUGGACUCCUUCUGAGAAAAAUCGAUUCAUUGUUGUCGAAAAGGAAACGGGGAACGUAAUCAAGACAAGAUUCAUUUCUGAUCUUCCAUUUUUUUCCAUCCACCAUUGUAAUGCUUUUGAACGGGACGAUCAGGUUGUCGUUGACUUGAUUGGAUAUCCGAAUGCAAAUAUUCUGGAUAAAUUCAACAUGUCAAAUCUUCGACAGAACCAGUUCAGCUCUGCGGAUCCACCUCAAACUUACCGAUUCGUCAUCCCCUUGAUCCAUUAUGUUGUGGAUGUGACCGAAGGAGAAAAUCUAGUGACGAUUCCUGAUGUAACUGCCACUGCCAUCAAAUCCGGUGAUGCAAUUGUAUUAAAACCGCAACAAAUUGCUGAACCUGGACUAGAAUUGCCAGUGAUAAAUGCCAGAUUCGCAGGGAAACCGUAUAAAUACUUUUACGCGUCUGGAAUGUAUGGAGAGAGCUCGUUCAAAAAUUCAAUCUGUAAAAUAAAUAUGGAAACGGGUAAAGCCGAUUUGUUCAAAGUGGGAGAAAAUGAAUAUUGUGGUGAGCCGUCAUUCAUUCCGAAAAUGGCGUUCGACUCGGACGAGGAUGACGGAGUGGUGCUCGUCCCUGUCAGUUGUGCGGACAGCAAUAAGUUGGACUAUCUGGCGUGCUUAGAUUCUAAGACAUUUUUGGAAUUAGGACGAGUUGAAUUUGAGACAAAAUUUCUUCAAGCUCUUCACGGGAUCUUUAUGUGGUCAUUGAAAUGAUUGUAAGAAAUAACUAGGUAUGUAUUGUAAGGGUAUUUGCAUAUGCAUGCAGUUGUGCACCUCAAUAAUCUGUUGUAGGAUUUAUCACCAUUUACUCUUCAUCUAAUUCUCACACAACGCAUAUUUAUAGAUGCUGAAUUUUGUUAAACUCUUGAGGGCUAGCAAUUAACCAUUUGCCAUCGUUGAAGGCGUAAAUGGAGAUAAGUGAGAAAUCUGUUAAUAAGAGUCGUAUAAAUAUUUGAUUUUUUCGUAAGAAUUUUGUAUAGUUUUUUGUCAUGAGGUUGAGGUAGUACUUCUGAUACUAUAUCAUAGCACUUUUCUCACUUGUCGCCAUUUGCACCUCCACUUCCAACGAUGCUAGACAACUUUUAGCAACUACUAUAAAUUAUCUUAUCCUUAGUCGAUAUGCCGUGUUUUUCGAUACUGAAUGUUAAUAUGCAUAUAUGUAUUUGUGCAUAAUCGAGAACUAAAACUAAAGUAAUAACCUUGUUGGUGAUAUUCAUUGCAAUAUUGAAUUACGGAAAUUAUAUCAAUUUUUACUGAGAUUGAUUUCGACAAUCUGUCCAGCGAUUCCAUUUUUUCGUGCCUUUAAAUUCAGAUUACUAUAAAUUAGCUUCAGUUUGCAGUAAAUGAAACUAGUGAUUAUAUUAUAACUUUGUCCUCGUACAUAUGUGUAGUUAGUUGUUCCAAAAAUGAAUAAACUAAAUUGAGCAAUA